CCUCGGAGUGUGGUGCUGGGAGUCAGGCCUUUAUAAGUAGGACAAUGACUGCAAAGUGGGACUCCGGUCACUCCGGUGCUAUUUUAAGUCUGGCCAUAAGCAAAGAAAGAAUUGUUGCUUCUGGUGCUGAAUGUGGGGAGCUUACUAUAUGGAGUGAGCAGGGACAUCCGAUAGGAAAACUGCACUUCCAUGACAAUGAUGAUGUUGCCGGGAUUGUCUUCUCUCCAACUUCUCCAACAAAACUUUAUGCUUCUCAUGGGGAGACAGUGAGCUUGCUGGACACCAGGGUUUUUAGAGAGCCUGUGGAGAGCUUCACCAUCAACAAAGAAGAGAUCAACUGCAUUUCUGUCAAUGAAUUAGACAGCCUGUUGGCGGCAGCUGAUGACUCUGGCGCAGUGAAAGUUUUGGAUCUGCAGGCUAAGAAAGUCUGUCGCACACUGCAGAGGCACACUAAUAUCUGCUCAGCAGUCGCUUUUAGGCCCAACCGACCUCAGAGUCUUGUGUCAUGUGGACUUGACAUGCAGGUAAUGCUUUGGAACAUGCAGAAGGCAAGACCCCUGUGGAUAACAAACCUGCAACAUUUGGCCCAGGAUGAAGAAGAUAUGGAUAGCCACCAAUCUCCAGGUCAGCUCUUCAAUCCACCACUGGCGCAUUCACUUUCCGUCUCUUCCUGUGGAAAUGUCUUUGGUUGUGGGGCUGAAGAUGGCAAAAUCCGAUUAUUCCGGAUAUCGGGAACCCGGUUUGAGGAGGAGCUGUGUUUUAAAGCUCAUACUCAAGGAGUCUCUCAAGUCAGUUUUGUUGGACACAAUGAUGGAGAAACCUUUUUACUAUCAGGAGGUAAUGAUGGCAGAGUUUGUCUCUGGGACAUCAGCAAGGACACCACACAACCUCAAAAACAGAAACCUAAUUCUAGAAGAUCCUCAUCUAAUGUUAAAGUCCGACAAAUGGUGGAGGUUGCACCGAAAGUUCGCUCAAAACUUUGUUUUGAACAUGGAGAAAAAGUGAACUGGAUUCUGGGAGCUGAACUUCAGGGAACUAAAGCGGUUCUGGUGGCAGAUCCGAGCAGUUCCAUAACCGUGUAUCCGUUAGGAGAGCUCUAGGGAAAUGUAAAAGCCUAAGUUCUUUUAUCCAUGGAAUGGAUUUGUUAUUUCCAAGUAUAAGCAGCUUACACGGUGUUGUGCAGUGCCUUAAAAAAACAUGUUGCCACACCAAUUUAAUGUGAUGUGGGAUAAAGUUGUGAUAAUACAGCACUUGUUCCAUCAAGCUGUAGCAUGUAGACAUGUAGCAUAAUAAUGCUCCUUUUGGCAACAUUGUAUCUCAUUUUUACA